GGUUCUUGUUGGUGAAUGCUCGUGUAUGCGGAUGGUGGAUUCAUUGUGAGUGGUACGCUUUUGGUCGUGGUUUCUAUUUGAACUUGUCUUGCUCAAAUGUCUUAAUUUCUUUUAACAAAGUAUACUUGUAACUGAGUGUUUUGUGGAUUUCGUUAUUUUCGUAGUUAAAUCUUAAUGUUUUACAAGUAACAGUUGGAUUAAUCUAUAACGGUUUAUUAAUCUUAUGUCUCUUAUUGUUUUUUGAAGGAUCUUUUCUGUCAACAUGAAUAAUUGUGAAACGGAUAGAAUCAUAACACACUUCGAACUGUAUCGUUAAACAAUUCUGCAAUCAUAGGAACAAUAUCAUUGUGACUUUUCGUAGCAGAAGAAAUACACUUGUUAAAAAUGGCAGGCCACAGAGGCCACCACAGUCAGAUCCACAACCCGGCGGGCCUGAAGCAGAUCGACUUGGACCAGAUUUGGGGAGACCUGCGAAAGGGAAUUGACCAAGUCUACAACCGGCAGUAUAUGUCUAAACCCCGAUACAUGGAACUCUACACUCAUGUGUAUAACUACUGUACAAGCGUGCAUCAACAAGUGGGGGGCAAGAGUACUUCCUCUAGCAAGGCAAAGAAAGGCUCUCAGGGAACUACUGGGGGUGCUCAGCUUGUUGGUCUUGAGCUCUACAAGAGACUCCGGGACUUUCUUCGCAAUUACUUAGUCAACCUCCUAAAGGAUGGCGUUGAUCUGAUGGAUGAGGGUGUUUUGCAAUUCUACACCCUUCAAUGGGAAGAAUACCAGUUCAGUUCCAAAGUGCUGAAUGGUGUUUGCUCUUAUCUCAACAGGUUCACGGACCUUCAAGGCAUACACCGUCACAUGCUUAGGCACUGGGUUAAGCGUGAAUGUGAAGAAGGACGUAAAGGCAUCUACGAGAUUUACCAGUUGGCACUUGUCACCUGGAAAGACAACUUGUUCAAACCUGUGAACAAGCAGGUAACAAAUGCUGUAUUGAAGUUGAUUGAGCGUGAACGCAAUGGAGAAACCAUCAACACAAGAUUGGUUAGUGGGGUCAUCAAUUGCUACGUAGAACUUGGUCGGGAAUUGCACCUACUGAAUAAAACGACUGCAGCAUCGACAUCCAGUGCUUCUUCAGCAGGUUUGAAUGAAGAAGAACCUACAGCCAAGGGGCCUACUUUGUCAGUGUACACUGGCUCAUUCGAGAAUGUUUUCUUGGAGGACACUGAGCGUUUCUACACUAGAGAAAGCAGUGAAUUUCUCAGCCAGAACCCGGUGACUGAGUACAUGAAGAAGGCCGAGCAAAGAUUGUUUGAAGAACAAAGAAGAGUCCAAGUGUAUCUUCAUGAGACUACAGGAAAAGAACUGGCCAAAACAUGUGAGAGAGUUCUCAUCGAGAAACAUCUGGAGAUGUUCUACUCAGAGUUCCAGUACCUACUGGACGCAGACAAGAAUGAAGAUCUUGGCCGAAUGUACACUUUGGUGGCAAGGAUCUCCGACGGGUUGGGCGAGCUCAGGAACCUUUUGGAAAGCCACAUUUAUUCUCAAGGACUGUCUGCCAUCGAUAAGUGCGGCGAAUCUGCUGCCAACGAUCCCAAAGUGUACGUAAGCACUAUACUGGAAGUCCACAAGAAGUACAAUGCCCUUGUUUUGACGGCUUUCAACAAUGACAGUGGCUUUGUGGCAGCCCUUGACAAAGCCUGUGGCCGAUUCAUCAACAGCAAUGCUGUUACAAAGGUUGCUAGCUCUAGCUCCAAGUCUCCAGAGCUCCUUGCUAAGUUCUGCGAUUUACUGUUGAAGAAGUCUAGCAAAAAUCCAGAAGAAGCUGAACUAGAAGAUACUCUUAACCAAGUUAUGGUUGUCUUUAAGUACAUCGAGGACAAAGAUGUCUUUCAAAAGUUCUACUCAAAGAUGUUGGCAAAGCGGCUUGUACAACAUAUGUCCGCCAGUGACGAUGCCGAAGCUUCCAUGAUAUCAAAACUGAAGCAGGCUUGUGGCUUCGAGUACACGUCAAAACUCCAGCGCAUGUUCCAGGAUAUCGGUGUGUCUAAGGACCUUAAUGAACACUUCAGAAAGCACCUGGUCAACUCCAUCGAACCCUUGGACAUUGACUUCAGCAUCCAAGUGCUGUCUUCUGGCUCAUGGCCCUUCCAGCAAUCGUUCAACUUUGCUUUACCUGCCGAGCUGGAACGUAGUGUGCACCGAUUCACAACUUUCUACAGCAGCCAACACUCCGGCCGAAAACUCAACUGGUUGUAUAAUAUGUCCAAAGGAGAACUGGUUACUAACUGCUUCAGAAACAGGUACACCCUCCAAGCCUCAACAUUCCAGAUGGCAGUCCUUCUGCAAUACAAUGUCAGUGACAGCUGGAGUGUAUCACAGUUGUCAGACUCAACUAGAAUCAAGACUGAUUUCCUACUGCAAGUGCUGCAGAUUCUGAUCAAAUCUAAGCUACUGAUCUGUGAUGAUGACGAGAAUGAGCUGCAUUCCACAUCGAUCAUAUCUCUCUACACCGGAUACCGAAACAAGAAGUUGCGGGUGAACAUCAACAUCCCUAUGAAAGCUGAGACAAAGCUUGAGCAAGAGACUACUCACAAACACAUCGAAGAAGAUAGGAAACUUUUGAUCCAGGCUGCCAUUGUGCGAAUCAUGAAGAUGCGAAAAGUCCUAAAACAUCAGCAACUUGUAGCGGAAGUGCUGAAUCAGCUUUCCUCCAGGUUCAAGCCCAGAGUUCAUAUGAUCAAGAAAUGCAUCGACAUAUUGAUUGAAAAAGAGUAUCUUGAGAGAACUGAGGGUGAAAAGGAUACAUACAGUUACCUAGCGUGAUUAAAUAAGCAUAUGCGCUACCACCACCUUUGUUCUGAUAAAAAGGAAAAGUAGGCUUAGUGAUUUUGUACAUAGGUUUGUUCAUCUUGUUUCACAAACUUUUGUUCAGAUAUUUUAUUGUUAAAACAAACUUGUUCAUGUAAAAUAUGUUUAUACGUUACAGUUUAGUUUUUGUGAUAUCUACUAUAAGGGGCCUUACAUUAUCUCUCCUUUGUUUUAUAAGUAAUGUGGUCUGAUUUUUAAAUGAAUUUAUUAUGUAAUGUGACGUAAAACACAAUGUUUUUAUGUAAGACUUACUAUGGUGUUUUGUGCAAUAAUAAAAUUGCAUUUAAAUGCAAAUUGACAAUGUAGUAUGCAAAUUGAUGUUGCGUUUAUUUUCUACUGUUUCACUGACAAUGGAAUAUCAUUUCAUGGGUGUACUCCAAAAGUUGCUACUUCUCCUCGUUCAACCUAGUCAUCACACUUUAGAAAAGUGUUGGAACAGUAGAGCUCAUAGAUAUGGUGUUAAAAUAAAAUUAGAUCCGUGAUCUUACUUUAAAAUCUGCCAUAUGAAGUGUAGGUCUGUGCGCUGGUAAGGAGAAGUCAUUGCCAUGGCAAAGUUAUAGAUUUAUAAAAGCGGAAUUAUUUGUUUAUGCCAAUGUGCUGAUGGGACAACAGUUAGUGGAGGCAAGUAAGACUAUAAUAGCUGAAGUAAGAUCACGCAUGUUGGUAAACCAACAUCUAUCUAGUUGCAACAUAUAUGAUUUUUCUAUAAGUGUCUGCUUAUUAAUAUCUUAAAAGUGGGAUAUUUCUGAAUAAAUCAAGAUUUUAAAUAUUGAAGAAGCCCCUUUAAACAACAAAUAGUUUAAAGCUAAAGAUGCUAUUUAAAUUCGCCUACAUUAAAAUACUAUUUUUGAAAAUAUAUUUUUCUAAUUUACUAUAUUCACUCUUUGAUAAUAAAUAUUAGUUUAAUAUUUUUUAUGUAAUACCUUGCAAAUAAAUUAAUAUUAAUUUAAGUAACCACUCCGUUCAGAUACAUGCAUAUUUGCAAUUCCUAUUAUUUAUUAAGCGACUGAACAAUUGUUCUUGAAGGAUUUCUUUUUAUAUUUUAAGAUUCAAACAAUUUAACAUAUAUUCUUUGACUUGAAAGAAUAACAGGAUUUCAGAUAAUUGCCAUUAUUAGGAAUCUCAUAACUCAUUAAGUGGAACUUUCCUCUUCCGAUAUCAAAGCAUAAGCCAAACAUGAAAAAUAAAUAGAUGAACAAAACGUUUUAACAACGGAAAAUUUGUACAUAAAAAAAUGUUAUGUAUGUUCCCAAGACCCGACAUCAAAAUUAGGAGAAUAACAAAAAAAAUACUAACUAGAAUUUUUUUGUUGUAGCGUUAAAAAGGUUUUAUAACAUGCAAAUCAAACGUCUGAAAUCCUGUUAUUCCUGUAGCAUAAACAUUUUAAAGCCUGUAUCUCCAGCAAUGCAUUUUUUUGACUUUUCUUCACACCUUUGAGCUUUCAUUUCUCUAAGCAUUAAGUCAUAACAUGUGUCGUGAUAACAUAACUAGCCAAACCAGGGUUUAAGCUGCGAAACAAAAUCAGUAAGGGAAUCUAAACAAAAUCAGUAAGAGAAUCUAAACUAAAUCAGUUAGGGAAUCUUUGCCCUUCCUACACUCAAAUCUAUUAAGUUAGGGAAUUACAGGAAUGUAGUCUAAUUAAGUUAGUUUCAAUUUUGCAAUUUUAUUGUAAAUGACAAACGAUUUGAUUUGAAUUAAUUACUGACUUUAUUGCUGAAAACCUUCACACUUGAUCUCGCUAUUUAUUUAGAUUCUCAACGUUAAAUUCACUUAUACACGUAAUAAUACAAUAACAUACUUGUGUUGAAUACAAUAACAUACUUGUGUUGGUGUAAGGUCGUAAUUAAUGUUGUUAUGUUUGGAUAAAAUGUUAAAGUAAAGGUUCAUUGUUAACAAUGAAAGAUUUGGAAAUGAAAAGAAUAUCAGGCGUUACCAUCUUUAUGUUACAAUAAAAGAAACAUGUUUCUAGACGAAUCUUUCCUCUUCUGCAGGUGUUAAGUAUUUAAUAACAGUUUUAAGCUUGCAAAUAAUGCACAACUUACACCACGGACAUGUCUGUAUCCCAGCACGAUUUUAUGAUAUGAAAUGUUUUAAACAUUUAACACCUCAAGAAGAUGAUAAAUUCCAAUCAAAAUAUUGUGUUUCUUUUCUUGGAGGUUGAUAUUAUUCCUAUUCAACCUAGGUCAGUAAUUUAUAGUUAUAGAACAAUCACCUUGAUUAUGUAUGAACUUCGGUUCUUUUAUACUGUUUAAGCCGUUUAGUAGUUUAAGAUUAACCGUUCGGUUCUUUUAUAAUGUUUAAGCUGUUUAGUAGUUUAAGAUUAACUGUUUACUUGUUUACAUUGUUAAAUUAACAAAUAAUUAUGUAUGUUUUCCACAGUAAACAUUUCAGUGAACACUCAUUUGCGUAAUUUUACAUUGUCUAAAAGAUUGCAGACAUUGAUGUUAGAACUCUGCAAGUGACAACCUUGAAAAUGAGUUUUAAAGCAUUUUAUAAACUGAAAUAUUGUGUGAUACAAUUAGGAACAUCUGAAUAGUUUAUAUAUCAUGAACUGUAUUCAUAAGAAAUUAUUAUGUACUUUUGUUAUUUACAAUCUCACUUAAAUAUAGUAUAAAAAUAAACUUUGUUCCAUAA